AUGGACGACCGCGCGGUUACGGAGCAUCUGUUUAAGAGGGGCAUGAGCGAUGGAGCAAUCGCAGGGACUGUGGUGGGCGUCGUCGUCGCUGUCGCCAUUCUCCUGCUUUGCCUCUACCCCUUCAUCAUCAAUCGACUGAAGCGCCGCCGCCACAAUGGUCGGGUCCAUCUCGACACUGAAGCCGGGCGGCCGCCCCGACCCGGCAGCCCCCCGGGAGCCGACCUGGGUUCUCACCGACGACUUUCAUCCAGCGAAUCACUCAAGCGAGACGGCGAUGUACCGCGUGGCGAUGCCAGUGCAACACGGGGCAAAGACUCGGGUUGGCCAUCUCGCGAUGGGCCUCCUGCGCACCUGGGAGGUGAUGCGACGUCGGGAGAAGUAACGACCGGUCCGGACGCGACGACCUCGGAUCGAUCACUAGGGGUCGGCGCCGGCGAGUACGAUUUGCAGAUGCCACCGUUCGCCUAUCCCUAUGGCAUAGAAUACAUGCCCGAAUCAGAAGUACAAGACGACAAGACUGGCGUUCUCAAGGGUACCAGCGCCGAUUAUUACAGCCCAUCCAUACCCUCCGAAGCAUUUGGCAUGGUUACCACCCCGACAGACCUCGAUAUCGAUACGUCCCAGGCAAGGCCGUCUGGCUCGCGAAGCAGUUCCUUGCGGUACAACGUACGGCAUAUGUUUCGCCGCAAGAGUGGGCGGGAGAAUACCAUCGACUCCUACAACACGACGAGCACCACCGGUGCAGUGACUGCGCUUCAGCAGAUCGUCACCAACGAGGACCCGACGGAAUCCCCAACCGAGGUCACGCCCGAAAUGGUAUUCCCUGAGCCAGGGAAGCCCCCUUCCCCAACCAAUGUCCCGGCCUCGCAGUCUCCGCUCCUUGCACGAGGUGCGGAGAUACCGAUCAAGCACUCUGGGCCGCCUGCACACCCUGCCCCUGGAACAGUCAAUCCCAUGGACAUUAUGCCAGCCAGUACAGAAUCCGAAGUCUGGCACCGGACCGAGCAGCAGCUUUUAGCGUCGAGCUAUCAGUCGUCCGUGGCGAUCUCGCCUCUCGGACAAGAAUUGGACGCAGGCUACACUCAAACAGUCACAUCUCCUUCACCCACAAAUCCCACGAGACCUGAAGACGAGCAAGCCACAGACCUCGCCGUGGCAGCAGACGAAGCACACUUGGGGAUCAACGACCAUGACAUACUCAUGCCCGAUAGGGACGCACAUGAUCAUCUCAGCCCGUCGGCGAUGCCUGACUCUAAUCGUCAUCCAAGCUACCCUUCUGAUCAAUCCACUCCGUACCCCGAGCAUAGCUCCACCAACCCGUCCUCCCAUAACACGCCUUCGACGCAGGUUGAUAGCCCCAGCUCAGCGUCAAUGAACAGCUCAGACUACAGACAUAGUGUUUCCCCGCAGCCAGUGCUCCCGUCGCUGAAGCCGGGAGUGUUCCGGUGCGCUGAGCCGGGUUGCAAUCAAGUUUUUGACCAGCCGCACAAGCUCAAGCAUCAUCAGCGGUACCACAGCAAGGAUCACAAGUGCCAAUAUCCAAAUUGUGGGAAGGGCUUCGGCACAAAGACGCAUCUCCAACGGCAUAUCAAUGAUCGCCACGAGAAGAAGAAGAAGUUCCACUGCUCCGUCCCGGGUUGCGAAUUUUCAAGGGCAGGGGGCAGAGCCUUCCCCAGAAAGGACAACUGGAAAAGGCAUAUGACUAAGAUUCACAACAUGGAUCAAGCACAGCUCCCUGAGCCCAUCGAAGUUGAUCAAGACGCGUCCUAG